GCGCGGGGCGGGGCGCGGCGCCGGAAGUGCGCGCGGUCCAUGUACCAAUGGCUGCUCGCGGUCCUCCGCGCCCUCCGCGACGCCGCCCGCCAGGCCCCGGCCCCGGCCCUCGCCCUCGGCCCGGACCCGCCGCCCCGAAAGAGACCGGCCCCCAGUGUUCUGUCGCCUGUGGAAGAUCCUGAGGAGAUCCCUGCAAAGAGGCUGAAAACAGAAUGUGUCUCUGGGGCUAACAAGGGGCCUGAAGAGGUUUCUGUGACUGCCAGGUUGCCACCUGAGGCAGCAAGUAGAAGCCAGGAGCCUGAAGAGAGAGAUGACUUCUCCUUCUCUGAGUCCGAAGAUGAGGUUGUGUACAUUUCUUCUGACUCUUCGUUUGUAGCAUCUGCACAGGAUGAGGACACAAGAGAGCCUGCUGCUGAUGGCUUGUGCUCUUCUCCCACAGACGAAAUGCCUUGUGACACCAACCCGUGCUUGACUGAGGAUACACCAUCCUCUCUUUGCAAGAGAGUUCCUUAUCUGAGCCUGAGCAGGAACAACCACAUCCGAGCUGCUCCGGAGAGCCCUGUCACACCCAGGCCCCCCAUUAAGGAGCCAGGUCCCAACUCUCCAGGAGUCAGUGGCACCAGGAGGCCUUUGUGUGCUGCUGAAGAGGAUGUUCAGCAAGCAGAAAAUAAGAAAUACAAAGAGCUCUUGAGUCUGUUCAAAGAAAAAUAUUCUGGAAGACUUACCUCUCCACGGUCAGCAAGACUCAACAAAGUUCAAACCAAGGAACCAGGGAUGACUGGGAGUCCCCUGAAAGAGCAAAAACCCAGAGGUGCCUCUCCACCUGUGCCACAAAGGACCAGUGUCAAACAUGGGGAUGUUUUCAGCCCCCAGCUGCCUCAGAGAGGUGUUAUGAUCAGCUACUACACACCACCAGAAGACUCUCGUGGACAGGGAAAACGAGAGAAACGAGCUGCUUCAGUGGGCCAGCGUGAAGCCGAAGUCCCCCAAAGAAAGUUAUUCCAGUUCCAUGUGACACCUGUCCUGUCCAAAGACCUCUAUUUUGUGGACAGCGAGCCGCUGCCAUGCCUAGAAAAGCCGGGAGAUGAUCUGGCUCCACUGACAGAGGCCAUGGAGAGUGAGAUCUCUGCUGCCUUUGACAGUGGUGAGCCCGAGGACAUCCUGAGCAGGGCCUUCAAGCUCACUGUCACCCGUGAGGACAUCUGCACCCUGCAGCCCCUGGGCUGGCUCAACGACAGGAUCAUGAAUUUCUACAUGGGUCUUCUGGUGGAAAGAAGCAAGAAGGAAGGCUAUCCAGCAGUCUAUGCUUUUAAUACCUUCUUUUAUUCCAAGCUAAGCUCUACGAGCCACAGGGGAGUAAAGAAAUGGACUAAAGGUGUGGAUAUCUUUGAGCACGAUGUCAUCUUGGUGCCUAUUCACCUCAGAAUUCACUGGACACUGCUGGUCGUAGACCUCCGAGAGAAAACCAUCAAGUACUUUGACUCCUUGGGACAGAAAGGAGACCACAUUUGUAAAACUGUCUUAAAAUACCUGGAAGAGGAAAGCAGGGAAAAAAGAAACAUUGAAUUGACUGCUUCUGAAUGGACCCUUCACAGCAUGGGCACAGAGGAAAUCCCUCAACAAAAUAAUGGAAGCGACUGUGGAGUUUUUGUUUGCAAAUUUGCUGAUUUCAUCUCCAGAGACAAACCCAUCAUCUUCACCCCGGAGCACAUGCCUUAUUUCCGCAGGAAGAUGGUGUGGGAAAUAAUCCAUCAGCAGCUGCUGGGAGACAUGCACUGUUAGGAAAACACUGUUCUGUAAAAGAGUAGUAUUUAUUUCUUAUUGUUUAGGGAAGAUAAGAUAAAUGUUAACUUAUGUAAGAGCCUUAUUGUAUGAGAGGUUACUUGUUAAUAGAGUAAUUUAUUUUUUAAUUGAAAACUGAUCUGCUGUCUCUGUGUGGUUUUUAACUUGCUCCCCAGCUGAAGAAGAAGAGGGGCUCUCUCCUCCCCUGGUGGCUCUGGGGACAUCCCUGUGCUGCUCCUGCCCCAAAGACCCGCAAGAUCCCUGUAGAGGGGCUUUGUCUGCCUCUGCUUUCACUGAUCGGUUCAGUCUGCCACACCCUCAGGGCAGAUUCUCCAAAGGAUGAACAAUUCCAAAGACACUUAUGUUUUAUCCUUACAAAUAAUUAAUCACGGAUAAUUAAUCUUCCCUGAGGAUGCGGAAGAUCUGAGCAUGAGGACACAGCAGCUGGGAAUAUUUUUGGUGUCCUUUCCCCCUUCCCUUUGGUUCCUCCUGUUUGGGGCUGCAGUUUUGACUGUCCCAGGUGCCACCAGAGCAGCGCUCCCAGUGCUGGAGGGGUGGGAGGGAAGAGCCUGCCUCUGGGGCUCAUGGAGGCAGGGGGGUCCCCUCCUUGUGGCACCUGUCAGCAUCCCAGGCAGCCCCACCCUGCCCCCAAAGGCCAUCCCAGCCCCAUCUGGUGCCUUUCCCCGCUGGAUGUUCCAUCCAGGGAUGUGCAGGGAGGGAGAGGUGGCUUCGUGAUGGCAACGCUUCCCAGGUGCCAGGGUAAAACUACACCUGGCAAUGCCCACACCCCCCAUCCAGCCCUUCCCUCCCUGGCAGCAGGGAACUGGGCACCGCAGGGAACCCCAAAGAAAGCAACAGAGAGCAGGCUCAGGCUCUGGUUAGCUGGAUAUAUUUCUCUUUUUUGUUGGUGUCUCGGGUUGGUUUUCACAGAACACUUUGCAGUAGAGGAAAACACGGAGUCGCAGCCCACGGGAGCGGCGCUGGCACCGGCACCUGCGCUCCCAUCCCUGCUCUGCCCGUCGGCUUGCACCGCUUCCAUCCAUCACUUGGAUUUGCUUAAACCCUUUUUUUUUUUAAAUUAUGUUUGGCUUUUUUUAUUUUUCCCUUUUUUUUUUUUUGUUCUUUUUAACCAUUUCUCAAGCUUUCUCCGAAGGAACAGCCACUGGCUCUCGGCUUGCAGGAGACUACGGAAGAGCUCUGGGACACGGGGGAUGGUUUCCUUCUUCCACCUCGCAGCUGACUUGGUCGAGAUCAUUUUUCCAACUCGUUUUUUUUUUAUUACAAAAAUAAAAAAAUGCUCCAACUAUCAGUUUUACAAGGCAUACAAAAAU